GACUGCUAGGGUAUAUAAGCCGAAGCUAGCUUCCUUUCUUGUUUAAUAUCAAAAAAUACAGCAAAAACCUUUCGUUUUCCAACAAUCUUAAUCUCAUAAUAGAGAACUUGCGAUCCUUUUUAUAUGUAAACAAUCCAAAGACCCCAGUUUAUUUUGGACAGAAGUUUCGAACUCAUGUUAAAGAGGGUUCUGAGCAAAAUGGCCCUGCACCGAUUUAUGAAGUUCGGAUUUGGCAACGGCAGCGUUUGCAGCAGUAAGACCUACGGCUACGAGGACGUGGAACUCGGAAGAUGUCUGGCGGCGGUGGGCGUGGUGGGCGGAGAUUCCAGGGACGAACUUGGAUUGGCGCGUUUUGUGCCCUUCUCUCCACUUCAGUGGUAUCCAGAUCCUCCGCAGUGGUACAAGCCACUGCUAUAUUAUACAACUCCAAACGUCACCAACGAUUGCUGCUCGAAUUCUGCCAUAUCCUUUCACUACAACAACGCCAAGGAGUUCUAUGUGCUGGAAUACAUAAUCUAUAAACUAAAAAUCUUUGGUAUCAGCAAAAGCCAGGAUAAAUUGCCAGCAAUGACACCCAUUUCUUGGACCACUUUUCACAACAAAAAAACAGAGCUUGGAAAAACGGCCCUCAAUGAAAUUUGGUCGGAGAAAAAUGCCAUAAGCUCAAAUGUGGAAACUAAGCCGAAGUUCAAGACGUAAUCUUGCUUUAAUUAAUUAUUAAGGUUCUAUUGACUGCAAUAUAAAAUGCCAAAGAGUAAUGCCAUUUUUCUUAGAAACGUUAUCAAUUAAAUCAUGUAUAUUAUAAAACAUAAUUGUUAAAAUCUAUCUAUAAACCAUACUGCUCUCUCCAUAA